AUGGAUGAGACCGAAUCCUCAAAAGAGGAAAACAAAAUGGUGGUUCUUGGAGUACUCCUAUGUCUUUGCCUUGCGAUACAAGUCACCAGCGGCGAGGUAGACAACCCUCUGAUAAACAAUUACGCUGACUACGAAUCGAUUCAUCCGAGCGAAUACUACAGUUCCGAUUUCGAACUCAAAGACGGUACCAAUGUGAUCUUCGAAGUUGUCAAUGAAAUGAAAGGUGUCAAGAAACCAAAAGCUGGCUUCCAAUGCACAAGUAGCACGAAACGUUGGACAAGGUCUCUCCCUGGAGACAUUUUCUACGCCAAGUUCUUCUUUUACCGGAUUAAUCCACACGCGACGGUUGUUCAAUAUUGCCAUUUCAGAUCGGUUUUGGGUUACGCGGACGUCUUUAUCGAUGUAAGCCCUGCGCUCGGAGAAAAAUGUCCUGGUUACAAAUGCAUUUUGUCUAUAAGACGUGAAGGUCUCUUAAUGAAAGAUACUAAAGAACUCUUUCAUUGGACUCCAUGGCCGCACCGUCACGUUCAACCUAAGUUGCCUGCGAUCACAAAUUGA